AUGGACCCUAUCAUCCUAACUGAAACAUGCAGUGCCAUUCUCCAAGGCAUGAUAAUCCCAGUGAAAAAGAAAGACAGAUGGUCGGUUACUAUUCCAUCCACUAUUGGUGAUAGAAAAUUCAAGAAGGAUAUGAUUGACUUAGGAGCAAGUGUAAGCUUGAUGCCACUAUCCAUCUAUACAAAAUUAGGCAUUGGCACUGUUCAAGAUAUACGAAUGACACUUCAGUUUGCGGAUCGCUCUAUUAGGCGACCCUAUGUGAUUGUGGAAGACGUUCUUGUAAAAAUUGACAAGUUUGUUUUCCCAGUUGACUUUGUCAUUCUGGAAAUGCCUGAAGAUGAGGAGAUUCCUCUCAUAUUGGGCAGACCAUUCUUAGAAAUAGGACGGUGUAUGAUAGACAUCGACGAAGGAACAAUGACCCUCAAAGUCUAUGAUGAAGAGCUAAAAAUAUAUGUGAGGAACACAAUGCAAUACAAAGAUGAUAUUGGCACAAGCCACACUAUAGAGGUAAUAUAUCAAGUAAUUGCUCAAGAAAUUGAAAGGCAUAGACCCCAGUCACCACUAGAACGGGUCUUAAGUCUAUCAAUUUUUGAGAGUGACGAAGAUGAAGGAGAGUCUGAGGUGCUCGCUAUGAUGGAAAAAUAA